CCAUUCUUCUUCACUUUCUAUUUCUACUGAAAUCCAUGAAUUGAGGUUGAAUUCAAUUUUUGAAACCCUAAAGCGUAAAAUUUCGACAGGGUUUUGAAAAUUCCUUUUAUAACCCAACUUUCCCCCUCAAAUUUUGAGUUCUCUUGCCAAUGUAAUUUUUAGAAAAUCCAUUUCUAAGAAUAGUUGCUUAAUUUCAAAUUCUGAAAGGUUUUAGUGGGAAAUUCCAGUUGGGUUCUUGAAAAAUCCUUUUUAAAGCCCUGUUUUUCGAUUCAAAUUUUCAGUUCUUGCCAUUGUUCAUAAGUAAUAAUAAUGGCGAGUGCUGCCGGUGGGGGUAGGAGGUCUACGACAGCAACGGCGUCAUCACUGGCAAAGCGGCAUGCGUCAACAUCGUCGGGAUCAGAGAAUUCUGGGAAGGGAGCUACGGCGGCUGCCGCUUUGUCGUCUCAGCAUGCGGCCAAGAAACGACCGGCGCUAGCGAACAUCACCAACCAGCGGCAUGGUUCUGGUCCCUCCAAUCCGGGUCGGAAAUCCCUGCCCGAAUCAUCAAGAAUUGUACCGUGCACUGCCAAAAUUGUGAGCGUCAAGAAGGGGUCUUCGACUUCGACUUCAACAAAUGCAAGCUUCUCAGUGCCUACUCUGCCUUGUUCCAAUGUGAAACCGAGUGUGGUUGUUUCUAGUAAAAAUACUGCUUUUUCAAAAAGUAAUGCAGUGCUCUCCAGUAUUAGUGUUGCGCCUGCACCAUGCAGUAUGAAUGUAUCUCCAGAUCAAUCAGUUGGUCUUUCAAUUUCGAUCGACGAAUCUAUGUCUACCUGUGAUUCCUUGAAUAGUCCAGAGGUUGAAUACAUAGAUAAUAAUGAAAUAACAGCAGUUGAUUCCAUUGAGCGAAAUACAUCCAACAAGCUCUGCAUCUCAGAGUGCGUGGAAGUAGCAGGGAACAUAUGCAAGCGAGAAAUACUUGCAGCAUUGGACUCUGAUGAUAUGGUUGUCGAUGUUGAUGGCAAUCUGAAAGACCCGCAGUUAUUUGCAACCAUUGCUUGUGACAUUUACAAGCACCUGCAAGCAUCUGAGGCAAAGAAAAGGCCUACUACUGACUUCAUGGAAAGAGUCCAAAGAGAUAUCAAUCCCAGCAUGCGAGCAAUUCUUAUUGACUGGCUUGUUGAGGUUGCUGAGGAGUACAGACUUAUCCCAGAUACACUAUAUCUAGCUGUCAACUAUAUAGAUCGUUAUCUUUCAGGAAACAUCAUGGAUAGGCAAAAGUUGCAAUUGCUAGGUGUGGCUUGCAUGAUGAUUGCAUCCAAGUAUGAAGAGAUUUGUGCGCCACAGGUGGAAGAGUUUUGCUACAUAACCGACAACACAUAUUUUAAAGAUGAGGUUUUGCAAAUGGAAUCUGCUGUUCUGAAUUACCUGAAGUUUGAAAUGACUGCCCCUACUACUAAAUGUUUCCUGAGGAGAUUCGUUCGUGCUGCACAAGAUGUCAAUGAGGCUUCAUCCCUGCACUUAGAGUGCUUGGCCAACUACAUUGCAGAACUGUCUCUUCUAGACUACAGUAUGCUUCGCUUUUUCCCAUCCUUGAUAGCAGCUUCUUCGAUCUUCUUAGCCAGAUAUAUUCUUCUCCCUUCAAAGAUGCCCUGGAACACUACCCUGCGACAUUACACGCUCUAUCAGCCUUCUGAGUUACGCGACUGUGUUCUGGCAUUACACGGCCUUUGCUGCAAUAGCCACAACUCUAGUCUACCUGCAGUCCGGGAGAAAUACAGUCAGCAUAAGUACAAGUUUGUUGCAAAGAAGUACUGCCCUCCAUCAAUACCCCGAGAAUUCUUCGAGAACAUAAGCAGCUAGUCUCGAGAUCAUGUUGCCGUCCCAAUGCUCCAUUGGAUAGACUUAAAACUCACACAGUUCAUCUUCUACUGAAACUCCAGAGAAUGGAAGACAUAUGCAGUUUGCUUCCUCAUCCUUCUUGAUGACGAUACGUGCCAAAUAAGGCCCGACCUGGAGUGGCGUCGUAAUCUUGUUAACAUUUGUAUGGUUCAACUGGUAUGGACUGAUUUACAUUGUAUCAUGCAAAUUCAAUUAGUUUUAGACUUAACCUAGUUGUAUAGAUGAGUUUUGUUAUAAUUGGAGUUUGUCCUUGCAUUUUGCUAUACAAUUUCUUGCAUAAAAAGACAGUGCCGUAACAAAAUAUAGCCGUCAGGUACUUCGAAUUGACUUGUGUAAAAUUGCUUCGAGAGGGUA